AUGGUCCUCGGCUUCAUGAAGGAGAUUCUCUUCACCAUCGUGCCGCAGAGCAACGUGACCAUCACUGGUGACCGCGUGGGUCUCACACGCUCUGCGAUGUUCCUGUUCAUCUUCAUCAUCAUCCACGCUGUCGGCAACCUGCACGUCUUCCUAGGCCCGGACGAUUUUAAUGGCUACGGCUACUUCUAUGUCCGGCUCUACUGGACGGGCUUCGGCUUCCAGGCCAACAUCGUUGAGGAGUACAUCCUGCUUGCGGCCCUGCUGCACGUCUUUGUCGCCCUGAAGAGGACGUGGGACAUCAGCAUGAACUACUCUGUAGCAUCUGGCAAGUUGAACCUGGCCUUCUCCGGCGUCACCUUGCUCACCUUCAUGAUGAUCCACCUCUACCAGUUCCGGUUUGGCGACACAGAGCCUUGGAAGCUCUGCCCGCCGCCCUACCUGCUGAAUCUGGCGACGCUGCUCCAGCUGAGGCUGAACCUCUUCUGGGUAGACACCCCAGGAUGCCAGGCGGUGUACGUGCGGGAUAUCUACCGCAUGGAGUUCGAGAUCUUCCAGUCCCUGGGCUGGGUGCUCUUCUACUUGGCGGCUGUGAUCAUCUUCAGCACGCACAUGUGCUUGGGCUGGCAGAAGGUCGUGCCCGCUCCGGCCUUGGAGAUCCCCAAGAAGUACCACAGCAGAGCCAUCCACAUGGGCUACGUCUUCACCUUCUUCAUCGCUCUGAUCUAUGCCAGCUUCCCGCUCUACACCCACCUCUUCGCCAUGUCCUCCGGAUCCCUGAGCCAGGAGCCGGCACAGCCCUAA